AUGCCGUCACCGACUCCCAAAGAAUCAACAACACCCCCACCACACAUCUCUAUCACCGACCCUGCCGCCACUGACUCCGCAGACCACGAUACCCCCAAAACACCACGGAGUAGCAGUGGUUGGGAUGGCAAACUACGUUUGGAGAAGAAUGUCGAGCUGGUAAACCCAGAGGCGAUUUCAGAUGCGGAGUAUACAGACGAGGAGAAUGUGUUGCCUGGAGAGCAGAUUGAGGCGGAUGAAGGUAUGGCUUUCUUGCGCAUAAAGUUGAACCUGUACGAGGAAGAGGACCUUCUAGACGACUACCCCUCCAACACCACCGAGAUCGACUGCGUCCACGCGCGAAUAUCCUCCAUCCCCUCCCUCCGCCUCGAACGCUUCCCCCAAACCCAACGCCUCUGCCUCCGCCAAAACUCCAUCCCCUCCAUCUCCGGCCUCGAGCCCCUCUCCAACACCCUCACAGACCUCGACCUCUACGACAACCUGAUCUCCAAGAUCUCCCACCUCGACAACCUCACACUCCUCAAAUCCCUCGACCUCUCCUUCAACAAGAUAAAGCACAUCAAAAACAUCUCGCACCUCACACAACUCACAGACCUCUAUUUCGUGCAGAACAAAAUCAGCGUCAUCGAGAAUCUGGAAGGGCUGACCAAACUGCGGAAUUUGGAAUUGGCAGCAAAUCGGAUUCGUGAGAUUCAAGGCUUAGAGACUUUAACAGCUUUAGAAGAGCUCUGGCUAGGGAAAAACAAAAUCGUUGAAAUCAACAACCUCUCCUCCCUCACCAAUCUCAAAAUCCUCUCCAUCCAGUCCAACCGCAUCCGCUCCAUCACAGGCCUCAGUUCCCUCCCACACCUCGAAGAACUCUACAUCAGCCACAAUGCCCUGACGUCUCUCUCCGGACUAGAAUCCUGCACGGGGCUGCGCGUCCUGGAUAUCAGUAAUAACCAGAUUGAGAGUCUGGCUGGGUUGGAGGGGCUAGAGGAGCUGGAGGAGGUGUGGGCGAGUUAUAAUUUGGUGGGGGAUUUUGCGGAGGUGGAGAAGGUGUUAGGUGGGAAGAAGGAGUUGAAUACGGUUUACUUUGAGGGGUGUCCGCUGCAGUUGCGGCAGCCGGCGUUGUAUAGGAAUAAAGCUAGGUUGGCGCUGCCGCAGGUGAAGCAGAUUGACGCUACUUUCAUCCGCGUAUCAUAG